AAACAGGCUACAUGGCCCUCUCCUCGCCCGUGCUCAGCCUCGCAUUCGCAUUCGUCUCGCUCGGCGGGUCCCCGGCGACGACGACGGCGACGACCAGCCCUGGCGGAUGGGCAGCAGCUCUGAUCCGCAGCGCGGACCAGCCGGCCGUCCACACAACAACGCUUCUCCCGCACAUCCUGCUCCUGCUAUCGCUGGGAACUUGCAUAUGCGCAGUCGUGAUCCGCUGGACACAGCGUCACGAGCACACUCGGGCCCGGUCGUUCAACGCUGUACUCGCGCCUCUCGUGUCGGAUUCGUCGGUCGCUGGGCUCGGAAUCGUGCGCCGCAUUGCGAGGACGUUCCACCAGGGGCAUUUUGUCAACAGUGUGAAUCUGCAACAGUGGACCGCUGACCACGGACCCAUCUUUAAUAUCCGGAUGAUGUAUCAGAAUCGUAUCUUUACGACCGAGCCCUCGCAUAUCAAGGCUAGUGCUCCCCUGUGUGCAUGUGUGGUUGGAGUGAGGCUGACGAUGAUGCUACAGAGUAUGCUCACGACGAAUUUCACCUCGUUCGAAAAAGGAGACGAGUUCAAAUCCCAAUUUCGCUCUCUCAUGGGAGACGGAAUAUUCAACACUGAUGGUGCCAUGUGGAAAUUUCACCGCACGAUAUCACGACAAUACUUCAGCAAGGACCGCAUCCUCAAUUUCCGCCAGGACUACCUCUACAAUGCCGAUCGCGCGAUCGCGCUCCUGGCUGACAGCGUCAAGGCCGGAGAGGCGGUCGAUAUCCAGGAUCUUGCUGCACGGUACACACUCGACUGCACUUCCGAGUUUCUUUUCGGGCGCAGCGUGCAAUCGCUUUCCGCAUCCCCCUCCUGCGCCUCGAGUUCCUUCCUGCACAGUUUCGCCGCGGCACAGUUUGAGGCUGCCGACCUUAGCCGAUAUGGUCCGUUCUGGCGUGUCGCAAACCUCAUCCUCGGCGACAAGGUCCAGAAGCAUAUGGGCGUCGUGAAGCAGUUUGUCGACCCGCUGAUCGAGGAGAGUUUGUCGGGGGAUAGGACAGGGGCGCCGGAGGACGUGAGGCUCACGUUAUUGGACUUUCUUACGCAGAGAACGAAAGACGUCGACAUCAUUCGGGACGAGGUGGUGAACAUGCUCAUUGGCGGCCGAGAUGCGAUUACGCUCCUGCUCACAUCGACGAUCUACGCCUUGGCAGACAACCCCCCUGUUCUGCAGCGGCUCCAGGACGAGGUCUUCAGCGCGUUCGGCACCGAUGGGGUGCCGACGCUGCAGGAUUUGCGCUCGCUCAAGUACAUCCGGGCGGUGCUCAACGAAUCGCUCCGCCUGUGGCCGGUCAUUCCAGUGAACAGCCGGAAGUCGACAAAAGAUGCGUUUUGGCCGGGCCUCGAGCCGGAGGACGAGCCGUAUUACAUCCCCGCCGGGACUAGAUGUUCCUUUUCUACGUUUAUACUGCAUCGGAGACCGGAUUUGUGGGGCCCGGAUGCGGAUGUAUACGAUCCCGAUCGGUUCUUGGACGAGCGGUACCAGAAAUACGUCGCCCCGAAUCCGUACAUCUUCCUCCCAUUCAGCGCUGGGCCGAGGAUAUGCAUGGGAUCGCAGGUUGCGUACGACGAGGCAGGCUUCUUCCUCGUCCGCCUGCUCCAGCGGUUCCAGGGCGGCAUCUCGCUCGCGCUGGAUUGUCAGCCCGCCGAGUCUGUCAUGCCACCGAGCAGCCGCGAGAAAGUGCGGUUCACUAGUCAUAUGAGCAUGCAUUGCCAGGGGGGUCUUUGGGUUAGACUCGACUCGGAGCCGUAGAUGUACUACUACCUAGUAGAUGGAUGGAUGGACAGGGGAGGCGAUCGACACUAACACUAACACUAACACUACACGGUCUGUUGUAUAAUCCACGUGUUGUAGCAUUAUCUGUACACUUUGUAUACUAGCGUUGAAACAUUGAAACCGAAAUGUACG